UGGGGUACCCGAGGCUUACUAAUAGACCUGCUUAAAUUGUGGCAGCGACUAAUAGCUCCAUAAAAAGGGGGGCUACGUUACACGCCCCUGAAUACCCUUGCUCUCUCUUCCCCUCUUCUCUGCAACUCCUCACCAUUUUCUGAUCCUCUUAAGGAAGGUAGUGUAACAAGAGGAAGGAAACAUGAACUUUUUUCAGAGGAAGAAUUCGAAGAAAGUGAAGGACACUGACGGAUCGCUGAAGAAGGAUGGUAGCCGUGGGAAAAAUGACCUUUUCGACCGUGCCAAGGGAGGACUUGAUGCCCUUGCAGGAAGCCUCCAGUCAAAGAAGAACGAUGCCGAAGCGGCGACCGAGAAGCUUCAAGGGGACGUGAAAUCAGGCAUUGAAACAAUCUUUCACAAGGGCUCGGGCAUUCUUGAGAAAGCCAAAGAAGAAUUCGGAAGCCACUUAGAGGCCACCCGUUCAAAGGAACUAGAGCCAGGAAGUGAAGAACAAGGAAACAAGAAGGACAUGGAAGCUUUCAGCGCAGUCAUCGACAAGGUGAAGAGUAACCCAGAAGUGCUGGAAAAGGCCAAGGAAGAGGUCAAGAGCCUUGCUGAGGCUCUCCAUCUGCGAAAACAUGAAUCCAAAGAUAAAGAACCUAAGGCUGAAGAGAAGGCAAAGGAAGGCGAGAUAGCACAGAAAGCCGAUGAGAGCACCUCUGCCAAAAAGGCUGAAGACCUUAAUGUGGUGGAGCAAGCUGUAGAAGAAAUUCAGGCUGUCGUCGCAUCGGUGCAGCAGCAGCAGCAGACAACGGCCACAGCUGAGACUGAAACUGAAACUCCAAUUGAGACUGCUGCAACUGCUGAAACUUCAGCUGAAGGAGAGAAGCAUGAAGAAACAAAACGAGAGGUAGAGAAAGAUGACCCGAAGAAACGACUCGAUUUCUUCGGAUUCUUUGCCAUGCUGUUUGAGAGGUUCUGCUCCCCUGCCAACAAGAAGAAAGAUUAAGUGUGGCAAAUCAGGUGUGGAUUUCUCGUUUUGUGAUCUUGGAAAGUACAUGGAGUGCAUGGUAUUGUGGUGGUGUACAGUUUGCAGUUAUAUGUUCUAUUCGAACAAAUCUGUACUGGUUUUACUACCUUCUAUGGUGAUGGCUACGUUUUUCCUUGCUGUAAUCCUUGUCACCCUUGGUGUGUUGAUUUUAUUUAUGCAAACAAUUGAUUUAUUUUAAGAUC